AUGGACGCCGGUGUGACUGAGAGUGGACUAAACGUGACUGUCACCAAAGAGGUCCACGAGAGCACCGGGACCCAGGUCCAGGUGGCGGGGGACAUGCUGCCCAACUCCACCGAGCGGGCCAUCACCAUCGCUGGCGUGCCGCAGUCUGUCACCGAGUGUGUCGAGCAGAUGUGCCUGGUCGUGCUGGAGACGCUCUUCCAGUCUCCGCAAGGGAGAGUCAUGGCCGUUCCGCACCAGCCCACGCCUGCCAGCUUCCCAGUCAUCUGCACGGGCGGCCAGGAUCGCUGCAGCGACGCUGCGGGCUACCCCCACGCCACCCACGACCUGGAGGGGCCACCUCUAGACGCCGACUCGAUUCAAGGACAACACACCAUUUCUCCGCUCGAUCUGGCCAAGCUAAAUCAGGGGGCAAGACCACAGUCUCACUGCCAGAUGCACGGCGGGACCAGAGUCGCCGGAAUUGACUCCAGCUCCCCAGAGGUGAAAGGCUAUUGGGCAAGUUCGGAUGCAUCUACUCAAACCACCCAUGGACUCAACAUUCCAAAUAACUUAAUUGGCUGCAUAAUCGGACGCCAAGGUGCCAACAUUAAUGAGAUCCGCCAGGGCCUGCCAAUGUCCGGGGCCCAGAUCAAAACUGCUGAUCCAGUGGAAGGCCCUUCUGGUAGGCAGGUUACUAUCCCUGGUUCUGCUGCCAGUAUGAGUCUGGCCCAGUAUCUAAUCAAUGCCAGGCUUUCCUCUGAGAAGGGCAUGGGGUGCAGCUACAACAGUGUUUCCAACCCCGUGGCUGGAGCAGGAGACAUCGAAGGUCGCCGCGACAGUGACCAGCCGGGUAAGAACUUCGGUCCGGUGGCCGCAGACUCCGGCCAACCCCAGAAGCCGAACAGAGGCGCCGCUGACACGUCAUUUCUGCGCGCCGAUGGGCAGGCCCGACGCCGGAAGUCACUGACAGGGAUCCCUGGGGAGUGUAGUGUUCGUAGUCUCUGA